GUGUCCUUACUACUGGACCUCAGGCCUCAAGCUCAAGCUGCAUCGUUCAACCCAAGGCAUACGGCCUUGGAUAGCAGGCGAUUGCUACAGUAAGUCGCAAAACGGUUCUACCUCCACAUGGGAAUCAACAUCCGGGUCCGCAGUGAGUUCAUACACGGUCGGCUGCAAUGAAAUCUUCCAGUGGGUUCCGUUUCUAGGUUGCUUUCUCAGUCUACCGGUUUCAGACGCACCUUAGUCACAAUACUACCAUUCGCCCUCUUAGUCAGUCUCAGGUGCGACUCCUCCAAUUACAACGUGUACACGACCACCACGCGAAGGCGCUUGCACGGCAAUGGACGGGUAUGCAACGGAAGCGCGGCAAUGGGCGGUCGACAAUCCCGUCCCAAUGUGAACGUCAUAAUUUUGCGCUAAGGAGUAUAUAAGGUCUGCGUUCGCGAGAGGUCGCUCACCAUCGUUCCCAUCCUCUAAACGCAUCGCAUCUCAAUGUCUCCUCGCAUUCUCUUCGUCUUCACCUCCGCCAACAAGGGCCUCACCGGCGACCCGACUGGCUGGUACCUCCCCGAGGCUGCCCAUCCAUUCUGGAUCCUCUCGCCACACGCCGAAAUCGAUUUUGCCUCGCCCGCAGGGGCCAACCCGCCAGUUGACCCAGGCAGCGUGCAAGCCUUCAAGGAGGACGAGGAGAGCACCAAGUUCCUCGAGGACCCGACCGUGAAGCAGAAGCUCGCGAGCGCGAAGCGGCUCGUGGACGUCGACGCCAAGGACUACGACGCGAUCUUCUACGUCGGCGGGCACGGCCCCGUCAUCGACCUCGCGUCCGACCCCGUGAACGCGAAGCUCGCGUCGGCGUUCUUCCAGGCGGGCAAGAUCACCGCCGCGGUCUGCCACGGUCCUGCUGCGCUCGUCGGCGCCGUCGACGCCCAGGGCGAGUCCAUCUUCAAGGGACGCGAGGCCACCGGCUUCUCGAACGUCGAGGAGGUCAAGGCUGACAAGGUCAAGGUCGUCCCCUUCCUGCUCGAGGACAGGAUUAAGGAGCUCGGUGGAAACUACACUAAGGCUGACGAGGCAUGGGCCCCCAAGGUUGUCGUCAGUGGCAACCUGAUCACUGGCCAGAACCCCAGCUCGGCUAGUCCGAUCGGCAAGGAGAUCCUCAAGGCACUGCAGAAGUAGAAGGAGACUCAAGCAGCACAACACAGUAGCCUGUAUCAUUACACCCAAGUUCCAGAACA